AUGGAACUGUCUUGGAAUACAGUCUUUACCAUACUCCUUCUAAGUUUUUCAGGCUCAGGGGCAGACUGGGAACCUGACAGAAACUUCAUUUUCACUGCUGGCCCUCUAACAUAUGACUUACUUCACAACCUGAGCAGUCUACUGGGAAACCAGGAUUCCGAUUUUGUACCAGGGGACAAGGACAUUUAUGUAUGUCAUCAGCCACUGCCCACCUUCCUGCCAGAGUAUUUCAACAGUCUUCAUGACAGUAAGAUCACCCAUUAUAAAGUAUUUCUGCCCUGGGCACAACUUCUCCCAGCAGGAAGCACCAAGAAUCCAAACGAGAAAACUGUGCAGUGCUACCGGAGACUUCUUGAGGCCCUCAAGACCGCACAGCUUCAGCCCAUGGUCAUCCUGCACCACCAGACCCUCCCUGCCAGCACGGUCCACCAGAGUGACUUUUUUGCUGAUCUCUUCGCUGACUAUGCCACAUUCGCCUUCCACUCCUUUGGGGACCUCGUUGGGAUCUGGUUCACCUUUAGUGACUUGAAGGGAGUGAUAAUGGAGCUUCCCAAUCAUAAAUCAAGAGCUUCCCUACUCCAGACCCUCACUGAUGCCCACAGAAAAGUCCAUGAGAUUUACCAUGAAAAAUAUGCUUCACAGGGUGGAAAGCUCUCUGUUGUCCUGCAAGCUGAAGAGACCCCAGGGUUCCUGCUGGACCCAUCCACAUCUGCACUUGCCCAGGACUUCACUGAUUUCUUCUCCCUUGAUUUGUCUUACGGAUGCCAAAAGGAGGCAAGUCUACCACAGAUGCUGAAUAAAUUGCAGAUGAUUAAGCCAAAAGUGAAAGUUUUCAUUUUCAAUCUAAAACUCCAAGACUGUCCCUCCAGCAGGAAGAACCUAGACAGGCCACUCUUCAGCCUUCUUGAAGCCAUAAAUAAAGACCAAGUGCUCAUUGGGUUUGAUAUGGAUGAAUUCCUGAGUUGUUCAUCAAGUUCUAAGAAAAGCCUGUCAUGUGCUCUGACUGAUAGCCUGGCCCUUCAAACUGACAAGCAGCAGACCCAGGAGGUGGCAACCGGCUCCUCACCGCCUCGAUCUGCCUAUCAGAGAGUCUGGGAAACAUUUGCUAACCAGUCCAGGGCAGAAAGGGAUGCCUUCCUACAGCAUGUCUUUCCUGAAGGCUUCCUCUGGGGUGUCUCCACAGGAGCUUUUAGCGUGGAAGGUGGCUGGACCGAGGGUGGCAGAGGGGCAAGUGUCUGGGACCAAUUUGGGCUCCUGAAUGCCGCCAAGGGCCAAGCAACACCAGCAGUGGCCAGUGACAGCUACCACAAAACAGCCUCUGACAUAGCCCUGCUUCGUGGCCUCCGGGCUCAGGUAUACAAGUUCUCCAUCUCCUGGUCCCGGAUCUUCCCCAAUGGGCACAGGAGCAGCCCCAACCGUGCAGGCGUCGCCUACUACAACAAGCUGAUCGACAGCCUGCUAGACUCUCACAUCCAGCCCAUGGCCACACUGUUCCACUGGGACCUGCCGCAGGCCCUGCAGGAUCGCGGGGGUUGGCAGGAUGAGAGUGUGGUGGACGCCUUCCUGGACUAUGCGGCCUUCUGCUUUUCCACUUUUGGGGACCGUGUGAAGCUGUGGGUGACCUUCCACGAGCCCUGGGUGAUGAGCUACGCAGGCUAUGGCACCGGCCAGCAUCCUCCAGGCGUCUCUGACCCGGGAGUGGCAUCUUUUAAGGUAGCUCACUUGGUCCUCAAGGCUCAUGCCAGAACUUGGCACCACUACAAUAACUAUCAUCGCACACAGCAGCAGGGGCGUGUGGGCAUUGUGCUGAACUCAGACUGGGCAGAACCCCUGUCUCCAGAGAGACUCGAGGACCAGAGAGCCUCUGAGCGCUUUUUGAACUUUAUGCUGGGCUGGUUUGCACACCCCAUCUUUGUGGAUGGAGACUACCCAGCCAUCCUGAGAGCCCAGAUCCAACAGAUGAACAAACAAUGCCCCAGUCUUGUGGCCCAGCUCCCUGAGUUCACGGAAGCGGAGAAGCAGCUCCUAAAAGGCUCAGCUGAUUUUCUAGGUCUGUCUCAUUACACUUCCCGCCUCAUCAGUAAGGGCCAACAAGACACCUGCACUCCUAGCUAUGAUACCAUCGGAGGCUUCUCCCAACACAUAGACCCUGCAUGGCCCCAGACCUCAGCCUCCUGGAUUCGUGUGGUGCCUUGGGGUAUAAGGAGGCUGUUGUUGUUUGUAUCCCUGGAAUACACAAAAGGAAAAGUUCCAAUAUACCUGGCUGGGAAUGGCAUGCCCUUAGGGGAAAAUGAAAAUCUCCUUGAGGAUUCCUUGAGAAUAGACUACUUCAAUCAAUAUAUCAAUGAGGUGCUCAAGGCUAUCAAGGAGGACUCAGUGGAUGUUCGUUCUUACAUUGCUCGUUCCCUCAUUGAUGGCUUUGAAGGCCCCUCUGGUUACAGCCAGAGGUUUGGGCUGUACAACGUCAACUUCAAUGAAAGCAGCAGGCCAAGGACUCCCAGGAAAUCUGCCUACUUUUUCACCAGAAUCAUUGAAAAGAAUGGUUUCUUCACCAAGACAAUAAAAAGACCACCACCACCUGACACAGAAAACUUUCCCUCCAAAAUCAAAGCCUUUGCUUUUCCAUCUGAGGUGCCCUCCAAGGCUAAAGUAGUUUGGGAAAAGUUCUCCAACCAACCUAAGUUUGAAAGAGAUUUGUUUUAUCAUGGCACGUUCCGGGAUGACUUUCUGUGGGGUGUUUCCUCAUCAGCCUAUCAGAUAGAGGGAGCUUGGGAUGCUGAUGGCAAAGGCCCCAGCAUUUGGGAUAAUUUUACCCACACACCAGGAAGCAAUGUGAAAGAAAAUGCCACCGGAGACAUAGCCUGUGACAGCUAUAACCAACUGGAUGCUGAUCUGAAUAUGCUUCGAGCUUUGAAGGUAAAGGCCUAUCGCUUCUCUAUCUCCUGGUCUCGGAUUUUCCCAACAGGGAGAAACAGUUCUAUCAAUAGUCAUGGUGUUGAUUAUUACAACAGACUGAUCAAUGGCUUGGUGGCAAGCAACAUCUCUCCUAUGGUGACACUGUUCCACUGGGACCUGCCCCAGGCCCUCCAGAAUAUUGGAGGCUGGGAGCAUCCUUCUUUGAUUGAGUUGUUUGACAGCUAUGCAGACUUUUGUUUCCAGACCUUUGGUGACAGAGUCAAGUUCUGGAUGACCAUCAAUGAGCCCACAUACCAGGCCUGGUUAGGUUAUGGCUCAGGAGAUUUUCCCCCAGGUGUGAAGGACCCAGGCUGGGCACCUUACAGAAUUGGCCAUGCACUCAUCAAAGCUCAUGCCAGAGUCUAUCACACUUACCAUGAGAAAUACAGGCAGAAACAGAAGGGGGUCGUGUCAUUGAGCCUCAGUGCACAUUGGGCAGAGCCCAAGUCACCAGGGGUCCCGAGAGAUGUAGAAGCAGCUGACCGCAUGCUGCAGUUCUCCCUAGGCUGGUUUGCCCACCCCAUUUUCAGAAAUGGAGACUAUCCUGAUGCCAUGAAGUGGAAAGUGGGGAAUAGGAGUGAACUACAACGCUUAGCCACUUCCCGGCUGCCAAGCUUCACUGAGGAAGAGAAGAUGUACGUUAGGGGCACGGCCGAUGUCUUCUGCCUUAACACCUACUACUCCAAAAUUGUGCAGCAUAAAACACCCAGGCUAAACCCACCCUCCUACGAAGAUGACCAGGAGCUACUUGAGGAGGAGGACCCUUCCUGGCCUUCCACGGCCAUGGGCAGAGCUGUGCCCUGGGGGAUGCGAAGACUGCUGAACUGGAUCAAGGAAGAAUAUGGGGACAUCCCCAUUUAUGUCACGGAAAAUGGAGUGGGGCUAACAAAUCCGAACCUGGAGGACACCGAUAGGAUAUUCUACCAUAAGACCUAUAUCAAUGAAGCUUUGAAAGCCUACAGGCUCGAUGGUGUAGACCUUCAAGGGUACUCUGCCUGGUCUCUGAUGGACAACUUUGAGUGGCUGAAUGGCUACACAGUCAAGUUUGGACUGCAUCACGUUGACUUUGAUAAUGUGAACAGGCCUCGCACAGCAAGAGCCUCUGCCAGGUACUACACAGAGGUCAUUACCAACAACGGCAUGCCGCUGCCCAGGGAGGACGAGUUUCUGUAUGGAGAGUUUCCCCAUGGCUUCAUCUGGAGUGCAGCUUCUGCUGCAUAUCAGAUUGAAGGUGCGUGGAGAGCAGAUGGCAAAGGACUCAGUAUUUGGGACACAUUUUCUCACACACCGCUGAGGGUUGAGAAUGAUGACAUUGGAGACAUGGCUUGUGACAGUUACCACAAGAUUGACGAGGAUGUGGUGGCACUGAGGAACCUGGGUGUCUCGCACUAUCGUUUCUCCAUCUCUUGGACUCGCAUUCUCCCUGAUGGUACCACCAAGUACGUCAAUGAAGCUGGCCUGAACUACUACUCCCGGCUCAUUGACGCACUGCUGGCUGCCAACAUCCAGCCCCAGGUGACCAUUUACCACUGGGAUCUGCCCCAAGCGCUCCAGGAUGUGGGAGGCUGGGAGAAUGAGACGGUUGUGCAGCGCUUCAAGGAGUAUGCAGAUGUGCUCUUCCGGAGGCUGGGAGACAAGGUGAAGUUUUGGAUCACACUGAAUGAGCCCUAUGUCAUUGCUCUCCAGGGCUAUGGAUACGGGACAGCAGCUCCAGGAAUCUCCUUUAGGCCUGGCACUGCACCCUACAUUGCUGGCCACAACCUCAUCAAGGCUCAUGCUGAAGCAUGGCAUCUGUACAACGAUGUGUAUCGCGCCAGUCAAGGAGGCGUGAUUUCCAUCACCAUCAGCAGUGAUUGGGCUGAACCCAGAGACCCCUCCAACCAGGAGGAUGUGGAGGCAGCCAGGAGAUACGUUCAGUUUAUGGGAGGCUGGUUUGCACAUCCUAUUUUCAAGAAUGGAGACUACAACGAGGUGAUGAAGACACGGAUUCGUGACAGGAGCUUGGCUGCAGGCCUCAGCAAGUCUCGGCUACCGGAAUUUACAGAGAGUGAAAGGAGGAGGAUCAAUGGCACCUAUGACUUUUUUGGGUUCAAUCACUACACCACCGUCCUGGCCUACAACCUCAACUAUGCCCCUGCCAUCUCUUCCUUUGAUGCAGACAGGGGAGUUGCCUCCAUCACAGAUCGCUCUUGGCCAGACUCUGGCUCUUUUUGGCUGAAGAUGACACCUUUUGGCUUCAGGAGGAUCCUGAACUGGUUAAAGGAGGAGUACAACAACCCUCCAAUUUAUGUAACAGAGAAUGGGGUUUCCCAGCGGAAAGAAACAGACCUAAACGACACUGCAAGGAUCUACUAUCUCCGUAGUUACAUCAAUGAGGCCCUCAAAGCUGUACAGGAUAAGGUGGACCUUCGAGGAUAUACAGUUUGGAGUGUGAUGGACAACUUUGAGUGGGCCACAGGCUUCUCAGAGAGAUUUGGUCUUCAUUUUGUGAACUACACUGACCUUUCUCUGCCAAGGAUUCCCAGAGCAUCAGCCAAGUUCUAUGCUUCUGUAGUCCGGUGCAAUGGAUUCCCUGACCCUGCAGCAGGCCCUCACCCUUGUCUCCAACAGCCAGCAGAUGCUGGACCCACUCUCAGCCCCAUGCAAAAGGAGGAGGUUCAGUUUCUGGGGCUAACACUCAGCACCACGGCAGCACAGACAGCUUUGUACGUUCUCUUUUCUCUGGUGCUUCUUGGAGCCUGUGGCUUGGCAUUUCUGUCAUACAAGUACUGCAAGCACUCCAAGCAAAGGAAAACGGAACCAAGCCAACAGGAAUUGAGCACUAUUUCUUCAUUCUGACAAGUUACCACUUCCUCAAGUUCUGCAAAGCACUCCUAGUUUCUUUACAUACCUUCGCCAGCCAUGAAACUUGCAGUCUUGCUAACUUCCCUAUAAAGGUUUGCUGCUCUGUUUUAGAUGACUUUAAUCUUGAAGGAUUUCGAAUUCCUGAUUGAAGUGGAAAUAUCUGCUUUUUUGCCCUAGUAUUGGCUUUCAGAGGGCCGCAAGAAAUGUGGAAAUGAAAAAAAAAAAAAAAGAAAUGUGGAAAUGUGCAGAUAUUGAACUGAUCUAGUAGUGGGAUCUAUGAACCACUUAAUUAACUGGGCUGUUUCAGGGUUGUUAAAGGUGGAAUUGUGAGGAAAACCCAUAGAAAUCCUUUCUAUAAGAAAUCAACUCCAUUGUGUAGAUGGAUCGCAAUAUCAUCUCCUGCCCUUCUUCAGGGACCUCCAGCCUCCACCUGUGUUUCUCAGAAAAUAAAACCAGUUGUGUCC